AUGGGAAGCCUUUGCCUGCUUUUGGUGAUCUUUCAACUUUCAUGGAGUUUGUCUUCCUCUGUUGCUCCUCCAUCCUCUUAUUUAUGUCUCCCAAAUGAAAGAGAUGCUUUGCUCCAUUUUAAAACCACCAUUUCUGUUUAUUGUUAUCGGGAUUCUUACCCCAGGAUAGACAUAGAGUCAUGGAACAAAAACAUUGAUUGUUGUUCAUGGGAGGGAGUGAAAUGCGACAACAUGACUGGUCAUGUAAUCGGCAUCCAUCUUAGUCACAGUUGCCUUGAUGGUUCUCUCUUUGCAAACAACAACCUCUUUCAACUUCAAAACCUCCAAUGGCUUGACUUGAGCUCCAACAAACUCGGAGGCUCUCUGCUUGAGAACACUAGCAGCUUGUUUCACUUUCAUGGACUCCGACGACUCAACCUUGCUUACAACGCUUUCGAUGGUGCUAUCUCAACAGAGUUAUUUAGCCAGUUGUGUCUUUCAAGUUUGGUUUCACUUGGUCUCUCUGGUGGUGUUGAACAAUAUUUGAGAUUUGAUGGCCAAGGUUUUGACAUGCUUGCAAGAAACUUGACCAAAUUAAGAAACCUUGUGCUUGACACUGUAGAGAUGUCUGAUGUUGAACUCAAUUCCUUUUUAAACUUGUCUUCACCACUUGAACAUUUGAGUCUCAGUGGGUGUAAAUUACAUGGGGAAUUCCCAACUCAAGCUUUUCAGCUUCCAAACCUCAAAGUUUUAGAUUUAAGCUGGAAUGAGAAUCUCACAGGUUAUCUCCCUAACACAAACUGGAGUAGGGGCCUUGAGUUGUUGGACCUUUCCUAUUGUGCUUUUAGGGGGUCAAUUUCAGCAUCAUUUGGAAAUCUCACUCAAAUAAUUUCCGUUGAUUUACAUGAAAAUUCGAUUGAAGGACAGAUUCCAGAUGUUUUUGGAAACCUUAGAAAAUUAACUUAUUUGAGGUUUUCUUCAUGCAAUUUGAGUGGUCCACUUCCAAUAACUAUCUUCAACCUCACAAAAAUUACCCAUUUGGAUUUGUCAAAUAAUCACUUGGAAGGUCCCUUUCCAAAUCAUGUUAGUGAGCUUCAAUUUGUAGAGGAACUUCUGUUAGUUAAUAACUCUAUAAGUGGUGGAGUACCAUCUUGGCUGUUCACUCUACCAUCUCUUCUACAGUUGGACCUCAGUUACAACAAACUAGUUGGUCCGAUUGAUCGAAUUCAGAAGCUUAGUUCCAUUCAAGAGGUUGAUUUGAGUUAUAACAACAUUGGUGGUUCAAUACCAGAUUUCAAUUUUGAUCUUGUGAAGCUUACUUAUCUUGAUUUGUCAUCAAACAACUUGAGUGGUCCAAUACCAGAUUCCAUUUUUGAUCUUGUGAACCUUACUUCACUUUAUUUGUCAUCAAACAACUUGAAUGGUGUGAUCAAGUCAGAUAUGCUUUCAAAACUCACGAGUCUUAUAGUUCUUGAUGUUUCAAGUAAUAGUUUAAUAUCAUUAAGCACAAUAAUCAGAAAUGUUGUGAACUAUUCUUUCCCCCAGCUUACAGAUGUGAACUUCUCUGGUUGUAGCGUAAGGCAGUUCCCGAAUUUCUUUCAAACAUCGCAGUUGAGCAAUUUAGAUCUUUCCAAAAACAUGAUUUCCGGUGGAAUUUCCAAAUGGGAAGCUGAAGGGUGGGAAUUAUUGCAUUCGUUGGACCUUUCUCAUAACUGUUUGACUGCUUUGGAGCAAAUUCCAGGAAACAAUUUGGCAUAUCUCAACCUUCAUUCCAACUUGCUUCAAGGACCAAUUCCUCAAAUUCCAAUUUUAAUGAAGUUGUCAGUGAUAAUCUUUUCAAAGAAUAAAUUGACCGGAAACAUCCCUUCUUCUAUUUGCAAUUUGAGUCUGCUUCGUGUUCUGGACUUGUCCGAAAACAGCUUGACUGGAACUAUUCCUGAUUGCCUUGGAAAUUUCAGAAGUCUUCAGCUCUUGGAUUUGCAAGGUAUGGGUGUGUCAGACGCGUGGAGGGAGCAUGUGCCGGUGGUGGUGCGCGAGGUGGCCACUGGUUGGCCGAGUGUGCGGCUGAAGCUUGGGGCGAGGGCUGCUGCUAUUUUCUCUUCUCUGCAGAGGGCUAGGAUUUGGACUUUAGGAAAUGAGUUCACUGGCACAUUGCCCACAAAACUCUUCUGA